UUGACAUCAUGACAAACACUCCUAAAGACACUUCUGAUUCUCAGAACCAAAAGCAAAUCACCAAUUACAGUGACAACUCCUCACUGGUGAUUACUAGUCACAAACUCGAUGGAAAAAAUUUCCUGCAAUGGUCUCAAUCGGUACUCAUGGUCAUUCGUGGGCGUGGCAAAAUGGGAUAUCUCACUGGAUAAAUACCUCAAUCCAGCCCGACCGAUCCACUGUAUUCCUCAUGGGAACUCAAUAACGAAAUUGUGAUGGCGUGGCUCGUCAACUCCAUGGAAAGUAACAUCAGCAGAACUUACCUGUUGUUCAAGACUGUGAAGGCCAUAUGAGAUGUAGCAAAGGAAAACUACUCAGAUCUAGGAAAUGCCUCUCAGAUAUUCGAGAUCAAAAUGAAAUUAAAAGAACCCCGUCAAGGUUCUUCAGAGGUAACGAACUACUACAAUUGUUUAAAAGUCUUAUGGCAGGAAUUAGAUAUGUUCUAUGAAGCUUACUAGGGAGAAAUUGAAGACCAUGUCAAGUUCAAAAAGCACCUGGAAAAAGAAAGGGUCUAUAACUUUCUUGCAAGAUUGACUCAUGACUUGGAUGAGGUACGUGGGCGAAUUUUGGGACGAACACCUUUACCAUCAAUUGGUGAGGCAUUUGCUGAGGUACGACGUGAAGAAAAUCAGCAACGGGUGAUGUUGGGAGAGGCAAAACUAGUAUCAAACCAAGACAACCACCCAUUGGAUGCAUCUGCACUCUUCACAAAAGGGAUGCACAUGCUCAAACCUCGAUCCAGGCGAGAUAUGAGACCAGGAUCAAAUAGGUCUAACAGGACCAUUGAAUGCCCAUUGUGCACCUACUGCAACAAGACAGGCCAUACCCAAGACAAGUGUUACAAGUUGCAUGGAUACCCAUCGACCAACAAAACCCCAAAGGACAGCAAGGCUCAAUAUGCAAUGAGCUCCUCCAUUGAUUUGCCAUCUAGCUCAGAGGAUGCACUAAAUUUUCAUCUUACAAAAGCUCAAUUAGAGACCUUGCAUCAGCUUCUCAACCAUCCAUCUGCAAAUUGUUCUCCAGUUCAAGGAACAGGUAUCAGGGAGGACGAUUGGCAAUGCUAAAAUGGUAGAUGGACUCUACAUGUGGGAAGGUUAUGGCAUCGGGAAUAAAUCAUCUAGUUCAAUUUCAGCUUUUUCAGCCUCUAAUAAAGAUACAAUUAUGUUGUGGCAUCGUAGACUAGGGCAUCCAAACUUCAUGUACUUGAAACAAUUGUUUCCUCAUCUUUUUCAUAAUGAGCAUGUUAGUUCUUUUACA